AUGGUUACUCUACAGCCUGCUGGGGAGACGAGUGUCCGAGUGUCCGUGGCGAUGGUCUCCUUGGUUACUGUUGCGAUAGUGCUGCGAAUCAUCGCAAGACUUCUGACUAGGUCUGCUUUGGCCAUUGAAGAAGCGUUGAUCAUUCUUGCCGCAUGUCUCUUCUAUAGCCAUCAAGGUCUCUCCCUUGCAUCUAUACUUGGUCCGGGUGCGGCGGGGACCUCAAAUCCAAUGCCGGUAGGCGGCACAAUGACGGUGCCACAAUUGGACUUGUUCUUCAAGUAUCUCUACAUCGGCGGAAUCAUCUUCGUCAUCACUAUCACCGUCGUCAAGAUCUCUAUUUUAUGCUUCUACCGCACUAUUUUCGCAAUCUCUAGGUUCCGCAAAUUGACCUGGGUAGUUGGCGUUGUCUGUAUCAUUUGGCUUCUCGUCGGCUUGCCCAUCAUCAUCUUCCAGUGCAGUCCUAUUCAGGCUGCAUGGCGAUUUGAACUCCAUGCUACCGGAGAGGCGAAGUGUAAUUCAAUGCCGCCGGCGUUCUUCGGCCUUGAGAUUGCCAACGUGGUGGUUGAUAUUAUGAUUUUGUGUCUUCCCAUAUACAUGAUUCGGCGACUCCAGAUGACUGCGGCGAAGAAAAGGAGUGUUAUUGCGAUUUUUCUGGUUGGUGGAUUCGUAUGUGUAAGCUGCAUUAUACGCGCUUAUUACAAUUAUAAUCCUGCGACUGGGCAAGCAGCAUCACCCUCAGGCACCUUCGACUGGACCACUAUUCAGCUCGCGAGCGCGAUCGUGUGCGCUUGCCUCCCUACCUAUGCACCGCUGUUCAAACGGCACAAGUAUCCUACUAGACUUAGAAGCUGGUACGCACCUCUCACGAAGAACUCUAAGAGUGCCCAGCAAUCCAAGGCGUCAAGUUUGCGGUUAUCGAGAUUCCCUGAAGUUCCACGGAGCCAUGACCAUCCUCGGUAUCAACACAUGAGCGAUGAUGGAGUACACCUGACAAGGCCGUUAGAACAGUACCGAAGCUGGUAUUCGGAAAGUGCCGCCUAG